UGGUUCGUUACGAAAAUGGUUCGAUACUUCUCGAUUACUGUUUCGCUUCCCCUCUUUACUUUCGUCAUCUCUCCCCGAGCGAUUUCGAGAAGCACAACAAUGGUGUCAACACGUCUCUUCACUCUCCUCCUCUGCUUCGUCUCCCUCUCAGUCUCCGAAUCCAAAGUCCUGGAGCGUCACGCCGCUGAAUCUUUCAACGUCAGCCUCAUCCAGAAACUAGGGACUAGUUGUUCUUACAGAGUGAUCAUCUCGACGAGCUGUUCGUCGUCGAGGUACACGCGCGAUCAAAUCAGCAUCGCUUUCGGCGAUGCAUACGGAAACCAGAUAUAUGCACCGAGGCUUGACGAUCCAUCUAUAAAGACGUUUGAGCAGUGUUCAUCCGACACGUUUGAGAUAAACGGACCAUGCACAUACCAACUAUGCUACGUGUAUCUCUACAGGUCUGGUCCAGAUGGUUGGAUCCCAGAGAGUGUAAAGAUACAUAGCCAUGGCUCCAAAUCGGAUGUCACCUUCCCUUAUAACACGCUCGUCCCUGAGAGUGUAUGGUAUGGUUUCAAUUACUGCAAGAGCGCGUCGGAUUCGAGUGUCUUAGGCGCCAUUGGUCUCGAAAGAAUCGUGCUCGUAGUAGUAGGGUUUAUUGUCGCUGGUUUAAUAUUGUUCUCGUAAGGUGUUAAGGCGGUUUUAAUGUCGGUCUUGUGUGAACAUAUUAGGAGGAUUUAUGCAGAUUUUCCUCUGAUCUGUUAUCAUGCUAUGAUAAAGUUACUACUGCUAAUUUACAGAGUGUGUAGAUAUAAACGGAGUAUUCAUUAUAGAUUUUCUGCAUUUCA